GGUCGGCGCCUCGGGAUGUCCCGCGCAAUGGCAGGUAAAUAAGACGAUGUCUUGGAUUAGGGUCUUAUUAGUCACCUACAGUUUUCCAACCCCAAAGAUUCUUUGUCAUGGACCUCCACUUUCAUUUUCGAGCGGGCUCCAUAUGGAGUAUAUGGACGACCGCAAAGUUGAAUUUGAGACGGCAGACACACUCUAUGGUCUAACCCCGAGUGCGAGAAACCAUAUAAUAAGGUCACAGCCUAUCUUACUGCGGUAUCGUACAUCCGGUAUAGGAGUCAAGACAGUGGACAUUCUUACUGUAUAGGAAGCAGCUUGCUUGUGGCACAAUGGAGACCUCGGUGAAUUUGCCAGGUGGAGAAUCAGGUCCUGAUCAUCGGUGAGUCAAGCAGCGGCUACCGUACUUACUAGUGGUACGUAGGUAGGUAAGGUAGGUAGGUAGGUAGGUAGGUAGGUCGAGUACCAUGGAAGCACAGAUGUGAAAUUCAAAGAAUUAGCUUAUGUCCCACCGCCUCUGAAUGAG